CUCGACUCAAGUAUCCGUAUUUUCUGUUUUAACCGUCUGGACGCGUUAAUCGCAAAAUAUUCGCUGUUUCGAUUUAUUCUUCUUUCUGUACUGACAGGCCUUUACAUUGUUUUGAAAGUGAUUGUAACUAGUGUAUCAACUCUUAUUGCAAAUAUAUAAGUGAAGUAAUUUGCAGUUGAUCCUCUUUUUGCAUUUUAUUUGCAGAAUGCCUUUGAAUGAAAGUCAAGCUAUGCUUAUAGUUAUCCUCAUUAUGUUACUCAGCUGUAUAGCAUCACAGGACUACCCAACAUAUUCUGAAGACAACUUGCCUGAGACAAGCUUCACAUGCCAUGAUAAAGUUAAUGGAGGCUAUUAUGCUGACAUUGAAACGGAUUGCCAGAUGUACCACGUGUGUUCUCGUGAUAAAGAUGGUAUAAUGAGGAGUACCAAAUUUCUGUGUGGGAACGGUACAGUCUUCGAUCAGCGUCAUUUAGUGUGCCAAGACUACAGAAGAGUACAGAGAUGCAAGGAAUCUAAGAAGUAUUAUAGAAAUUUAGCCACACUUUUGGAACUUCUGGAAGCUAGACUGAAAACAGAAGGAAUGGACAAAGAAAUUUUAGCUGCUGCUCAGUUUGAAUCUGAGAGAUUGAAAUAAAUGAAUUAUCUAUUA